GACUCAUCUCUUGGACUCGACAGUCGUCAAAAUUCAUCGGUCUAAGAAGCAAGUUUAUUUUUUUAUAAAUAAAACACACUAUUGUUGAGUCAUUUAUUAUUGGAAUUAUUUUUAAUUAAUAUUUUAUAGUUAAUUUGAUAUCAACAUUGAGUUUGGAGAACCUAAAAAAAAUGUGGAAAAAUGGCGCCGGGAUUUUCCAAUCACUUGGGGUGAAGAAAUUGCAAGAGGAAUUGGAGUUUUUUGUGAAGAAAUAUAAUUAGAAUUGGAGGUUAUAAUUUGUUGAAGAGUUUUGGAGAUAAUUGGGACAAUGUCGGUGUCAGCGAGAGGAGAAAUGGAUUCAAAUUCUGGUGUUAAAAGUAAAGAAAGACAAUUGGAGAAGUCAAAUUCACGUGAAGAAAGAAGAUUGUUUUUGAACUGUUCUCGUGAGAACUUGAGUAUUUCAGAUAUCGAGCAGGGAUUUAAUAAGAAUCAUAUUUGUAUACGAAUAAACAAGAAUGUUAUGUUGAAUGUAUUUAUCAUUAUUUUAGUAUGCAUUUGUGUGAUAUUUGAGACAUUUAAUUUAUCAAGAGUGUUGGAUAAUAGAAGAGAUAUUGAGAUUAUUAAACAGGACUUGGAGACACUCAGACGUCAGUUUUAUGAUGAAAGUUUUUUGGAUAGGUUGAUGGCAUUUGAAGAUCAGUGGUACGAUGAUACUGAUGAUGAUGAUGAUGAUGAUGAUGAUGAUGAUGAUGAUUCUAGUCAAGAUCUUGAUGAUGAUGAUGAUGAUGAUUACGAUGAUUAUAAAUCGAAAGGUUCAUCAACACCAAGUCCACAAGUUGAAGAUGAAGAUUUGCAGAAAAUAUUAGAAGCUAUUAGAGAUUUAGAGAUAAAAAAAGCUGAUGAGUUACGAAAAAGUUUUCAUGAGAAUCAAAAUAAAACUCUAGAAGCUGUGGAUGAUGGCCAAAGACAUAAACGAUUUAUUUACAGCAGAAUAAAUAACACGGAGAUAAAUUUAGGUCAAAACCUAAGUCAUGUUGGAAUGGAGAUGAUGAAAAAGGGAAGAAAAUCACUGAUUCAUGAUGAUAAAAAAUAUUUUGCUAUUAAAAAAGCUAAAAAGGAACGUGUUUAUCGAAAGGCGCCAGAUGAUGCAAAAAAACUAGCUAACACUCGAGGAUUAGCAAAAAGACAUUUACGUAUGUCUCGACAAAUAUUUGCUGCGCAUUACGGAGCAGACAGUAGUCUUUUUAGUGAAGACGAUGAGCACACUGGCAAUGGUAGAGCACGACACAAUGAAGGAGUGUUUAAAGCUUGGAGAUCAAGUGAUUGGAUGGAUGAUUUUCAAAUGGAACGUCAUUUUUCAUUAUCUAGAGAUGGAAAAUUAACUGUUCAUGAAACUGGAUUGUAUCUUGUGUAUGCGCAAAUUCAUUAUCUUGAUGAACAUGAUGAAAAUGGAUUCCAUUUGCUGGUUAAUGGGAAACCUAUUUUGCAAUGCAUGGCUUACAGUCCAGGAACUGGUCACAAAAGUCGUUCCUGCUUCUCAGCCCAGGUCACUUUCCUCCAUAGUGGUGAUCGUUUAGUGCUAAAAGAUAUUGGAAUAUUUAGGUACACAUUAUUCCAAAAAGAUAAAAGCUUUUUUGGUUUAGUCAAACUUGGUGAUUUAAAGGUACCUCACACUCAAUUGCAAUCGUCUUCUGAAAGUCCCAUGAAUGAAUAAAUAAAGUGAUCAAGUGAUUGUAGAACAUGAAAUGUUAAUUACAGUAAAAUCUAUGUAUCUUCAAUUUCUGUUUUUUUUUAAUGUGUCAGUUAUACUUGCAUGACUGAUGGAAAUGAUUCAUUAGAAAAAAAUCAAGCAUAGAAGAUGAUAAAGAAAAUAGUACAUUGUGCAUCAAGGGCGCAAAAUUGCUGAUUCCCAACGAGUGUGAGUUUUAGUCCCGAGCGAAUCGAGGAAGCUAAAUUCACAUGAGCCGAGAAUCAGCAAUUGCUGCCCGAGAUGCACAUACUAUUUUUUAAUGCUAAGGGUGCUAAAUCUAUAUUGGAAUUAUUGUCAAAGUAGAUUAUACAAGUCCAUUUUUGCCAAUAACUUUAUUUAUUUUCAUUAAUUAAAUUGAUUGUUACAUUGCAAUUUUCAAAGUGAAAUUCAGCUCUCUUUUCUAAACUUGAUUUAAUAUUAACAGUGUGUCGAAAGUAAUAAAAAAUUGUCAUCUGUUUAGGAUUGAGGUAGGAUUACUUCAGUUUUAUGGCCCUUUCAAGACUAAGUGCUGAGUUUUGAAUAUAAAAUAAACAAUAGGUCAAGCCAUACAUAAUAAAAUUUAAAGAAUCCAUUGAGAUUGAGUGCUUACUUUAGUACAGGCAUUUAGUUUCUGUAUGUAAAGAGAUAAGCAGCCUAGGUCAAGAAAGAACCAUUUUACGCCCAGUAUGCUGGCACGGAAAAUAGUUAUUUUGCGCCCUGUGCAUUAAAAAGAUAAUAAAUCAUGUUGAUAACAUUUUAUUUAUUUAAAAUUGAACUUUUAUUCAUUGGUGACAUAAUUAUGUACUCAUAUUUUAUAAAUUAGCCAGACAGUGAUGGAACAUACGAA